AUGCGUUGGACAAAAUCCAUGAACAAAAACGCAUUGCGGUCGUACUAUAGGGCGAAAGGGGAAGAAACUGUGGGAAUAGCGUAUAGGUCUCGGAUGCAUAGCUUUUUUGCUGAGCUGGAACCGUCUAUCCCCGUCACGGAACAAAACCUGGCAGACCGAGUUCGGUACAUCAUGCGCUCGAAAAUAUUUGAUGAUGCCGAACUCGAACGACUACGACGUGAGGCUAUUCCGUCGUCGAAUGAAUCGGCUAUGGCUGGAGAUGCAGCUCCACAUUCGACAGACCAGCAUCCACACGUGGAAGCCGCCAUGGACCUUCCAGUUGUGGUUGAUUCGAACGAUGAUGAAAUAGUCUCCCACGAACUAGAGCAAAUGAGGAGUAUAUUGGAAGAGGCGAUUUUGGAAACGCGCAGCACCCCUCUCGAAAAUCGACCGCGACUUCCCCCGCAUACCCUUAAGCAAGCGAAAUCGGGCUGUCGUGAGGGCUCUUAA